CACUAAACAAAACCCUAAAAAACCCCUAAAUUUAACCCUAAAAACCCCAUUUUUGUGCCACCAUUUUCACUUGUGCUCAAACAAUCAAAGAUGGGUUUUGUUAGGUUUGCUUGCUUUUUGCUGGUUGUUCUUCCAAUUACAUCACUUUCCAUCAUGAAGUUUCAUCGAGGUUUAGAAUACAAAGACGUAGCUCAAGCCCGAGAUAGUUUUGCUUCACAUGAAAAGGAACUUUUGAGCAACAACAUUGGAGGAAGAAGAAGAUUGGAAGUGCAAGAAGGUAUGCCAUUGGAAAGUAGCAAGAGCUCAAAAAUGGCUGUUCCAAGUUCUUUCAAUGGUGAAAAUGGCAAGAAGAAGAAGAAGAAAUCGGGGAAUGGUUCUUCAUUAGUUUAUGAAAAUGCUGAUUAUUUGACUCAUAUGCAUCACCCACCAAAACAUAAUUGAUGGGAACUU